AUGUGGUCCAGUAUUCUCCUCCUAGGAGGUGUCUCCAUGAGCAUCGCAAAUCCGAUCGUUCGACAAGAUGCCAAUCCUCCUUACCGAAACAAGACUCUAUGCAUCGACAAGCGUGUUGAUGACUUGAUGUCUCGCAUGUCCCUUGAGGACAAGGCUGGUCAGAUGUUCCACGCUCGUACCGUCGUUGUCAACAACACCUUUGAUGAGACCAUUGAAGGAUUCGUCACUGACAAGCGCAUCACUGCGUAUGUCCUGAGUGGUGGUGUCAAUGACGUUCGUGGUGUUGCAAACUGGUAUAACAAGCUUCAGAGACUUGCUCUGAGCACACCUCUUGGUAUCCCCAUCACUAUCUCUUCUGACCCUCAGCAUGGAUGGACUGAUGAGAAUGCUGUUUCCGUGGUUGCCCAAGGCUUCUCUAGAUGGACUGAGCCCCUUGGCCUCGCUGCUAUUCGAGAUCCCCAACUUGUCCGUCAGUUCCACGAUAUUGCUCGAGAAGAGUAUAUUUCCGUCGGUAUUCGACAGGCUCUGCAUCCCCAAAUCGAUUUAGCUACUGAGCCUCGGUGGGGCCGCAUCACGGGUACCAUGGGUGAGGAUGCCAACCUCACCAGCGCCCUCGUCGUUGAGGCUAUCAAGGGUCUUCAAGGCGAUAAGAUCGGUCCUCACUCCGUGAUUGCUACAACGAAGCACUUUCCAGGCGGAGGCGCUAUGGAGAAUGGAGAGGAUUCUCAUUUUCCUUGGGGCAAAAACGCAACUUACCCCGGUGACAACCGCGAGUAUCACUUGAUCCCCUUUAGGGCUGCUAUUGCUGCUGGAACUAGACAGAUGAUGCCCUACUACUCUCGUCCUAUGAAUACCUCAUGGGAAGAGGUCGCUUUCGGUUUCAACAAGGGUGUUGUUACCGACCUUCUCAAGGAGGAGAUGGGCUACGAGGGCAUUGUCGUUACCGAUUGGGGUAUUGUCACCACCCGAUUCUGGGGUCUUGAGGAAGCAACUGAGCUCGAGCGUGCUCGUCGUGUUAUCGAAGCCGGCUGUGACAUCUUCGGCGGAGAGACCAAGCCCGAGCUUAUCAUCGAGCUCGUCAAGAAGGGUCUUGUCUCAGAGUCUCGCAUUGAUGAGUCUGUCCGUAAACUGAUGAAGGAAAAGUUUGAGCUCGGUCUCUUUGACAACCCCUUUGUUGACGUUGAAAGAUCUGUUCGCAUUGCUGGAAACGACUACUUCAGCCGUCUUGGAAACGAGACCCAGCGCCGCGCUUUUACUAUGCUUACCAACAAGGACGACAUCCUUCCUCUUCCUCUCGCUGCCCUUGAUGCCAAGUUUUACGUUGAGGGUAUGGAGCCAGAAGCUCUUGAGCAGCGCAACCUGACUGUCGUCGACAACCCCGAGGACGCUGACUACGCUUUCCUCCGCCUUGCCUCACCUUUCAAGCCCACCACCGCCCCCGGUCUCCCUGCCAUGAUCAACAACGGUAGCAUCGAAUACAACGCCACAGAAAAGGCUCGCCAGGCCAAGAUCUACGCGACUCUGCCCACCAUCGUAGACAUCCGCCUCAACCGUGCCGCUGCGAUCCCUGAAGUCGCUGAGAACGCUGCUGCUCUGUUUGCUAGCUACGGCAGCAGUCACGAUGCCUUCCUCGAUGUUGUUUUCGGCACUGAUGGUUGGGGUCCUGAGGGCCACUUGCCUUUUGGUCUGCCAGUUUCUCAGGCUGCUGCUGAUGCGCAGAAGGAGGAUGUGGCUUUUGAUGGAGAGCUAUUGUUCAAAACCCGAAAGCGCCGCAGCAGCGCGUCAUCCACCGACGGAGGUAUGACUGAAAGUACUGAGGGUGAGGACAUCGCUCCAACUGACGAUACCGUCAAUAACUCUGAUACCAUUAAUACGUCUAAUGCUCUCAUCGAUGAUAUUGGUGGCAAGUACACAGCUAGGCUUGCUUUUUACCCUAAUGAGGUUGCAUAG